UUAGUCUGCAUGAGAGCAAAACUAUAUAAUUAUGUACAGCGAAAAACACACUAAACAAGGCCCAGAUGACUCAAUUUAAGGUGCUAGCAGCUACUGGUCCAAGCAGCGUUAGACUCGGAAACACAAAAAGGUACUUGUCAUUGUGUGAUUCAGACAGGUAGUGUGUUGGCUGUGAAAACACAUUUCUAUAGAACUGUUGCUACUACGAAAAACUGCACGUGGCUUCUGCGCGUGAGGGUGAGAUGAGUGUGCGCUGGAGUAGGAUAGCCCCAAUUAGUAGUGGUAGCUGUUGUUUGGAUCCAAAGCUCUUGCCAAACAACACUAGAAUCUCAACAGACUCGUCCAAACCUAUUCUUUGCCAGAACCACGUGUCAGGCCCUUCUGUUCCAUUAUGUCAGAGCUGACAUACGAUUCGUUGAUGGAUGAUGGAAACUAUCUGGGCUCUGAGCGGGCCCGGAUGGAGAACAAGGUCAUCCUCGAUGAGCUCGAGCGAAAGAAGAAGGCGCGCAACUUAGCUGUACCAACGGACGACAAUAAGGUCAAAGCGAGACUGCGAGAAAUUGGUGAACCUAUCACACUUUUUGGUGAACGAGCAGCAGAUCGACGAGACCGACUGAUAUAUGUCCUUUCACAAAUAAAUGCCGCAAGGGGUGAUGACCACCCAAUCGAAGAGGCAUCCUCUGAAGAAAGCGAGGAAGAAGGGGAGGAGUUUUACACCGAAGGCUCCCUAGAGCUUCUUCAAGCUCGAAGGAAUCUCGCAGAAUUUUCUCUGCCCAGAGCUCAAAAGCGCGUCGCUCAGCAGCGAAUAGACAGCAAAAUACCAUUAGGGCGCAUAAUCGACAUACGGAAGAAGGUUUUCGCAGGGGUCAAGCGUUUUAGCAAUAUUGGUUCACAAAUUGGCGACGAGCGCCCGAUAUCGCAAGUGCGUUUUGCACCCAAUAAUAAAAUUCUAGCUACUGGUAGCUGGUCCGGCACCGUCAAGUUGUGGAAUGUACCUGCAUGCACAACUAUACGCACACUCAGAGGUCAUGGUGAUCGUGUUGGUGGUGUUGCGUGGCAUCCGCAAGCAACAUUAACUCAAGAAGAAGGAUUAGUGAACCUGGUGUCGGGUGCAGGAGAUAUGUGUGUCAAUCUAUGGUCUUUGAAUAGCGAUGCACCGCUCUCUGUGAUGAAGGGCCAUGCAGAUCGCAUCUGUCGUGUAGCAUUUCACCCUUCCGGUCAUUUUGUCGCUUCUGCUAGCUUCGAUACCACUUGGCGAUUAUGGGAUGUGAACUCCUCGAAAGAAUUACUCCUCCAAGAAGGCCACUCAAAGGAAGUGUAUGCUGUUGAGUUCCAAGGUGAUGGGGCGCUAAUCGCAUCGGGGGGCCUAGAUGCUAUUGGACGAGUGUGGGAUCUGCGCACAGGACGCACAGCGAUGGUACUCGACGGUCACGUCCAAGGCAUCUUCGGAAUCGACUUCUCUCCAAACGGAUAUCAAAUUGCCACUGGCGCUGGCGACGACACAAUACGGAUAUGGGACAUGCGCUCUCUGAAGGCCCUGUACACCAUCCCCGCACAUGUCUCCAAUGUGUCCGACGUCCGUUUCUUCCGUGCUGAUGCACUCCCAUCAUUCAAGCCCAAGGCCGAAUCCGCAGAUGUUUUUAUGAACGAGAUUACCGAAGGUACAGAUGCAGACAAGAGUCAUGACACUGAGGACGACGUCCAGGAGUGGAAAUAUCGUUCAGGGCUGUAUCUAGCCAGUUCUGGAUACGAUGGCUACGUGAAGUUGUGGAGCGCCGACGAUUGGCAGCUACUCCGCACGCUAACGACAGAUUCGGGCAAGGUCAUGUCUGUGGACUUAACAAGCGAUGCGGAGCUGCUCGCUUCCGGUACUUACAAUCGCAAUUUCCAAUUAUUCGCUCCAGAGGAUAUCCCAGUGUAAUAAUGCUUUGCUCGUGAUAAUAAUUGUUACUUCAGAGAUACAAAUGCGAGCUGACUCAACUGGCAGUGCGUAUUAUACGGUUGCGAUGAGCAGCCCAUACAUAGUGUUCGGUUGGAACACGGAUCUUCUCGAUCCGGGACCAAUAAAUGAAAUUAUAUAAGUCCAUCCCUGACCUGCAAUUCAAUUGUAAUUUUAAUCAAUGAGC